AUGGGUUGUAUGCAGUGUCCAGGGCGGUUAAAAUUGACAGACCAGCACAUCAUAUUUAAGAAUAAUAAAACUGGCAAAGUGGAGCAACUUUCUUCACCUGACAUUGAGAUUGUGAACUGGCAACGUUUAAUAGGAAGCUGGGGCCUGAGAAUAUUCCUAAAAAAUGGCAGCAUGCAUAGAUUUGGAGGCAUUAAAGAAUCUGAACAGGAAAAAAUUGCUAAGUUUUUUGCAAGUAAUUAUAAGAAGGAUAUUGUAGAGAAAGAGCAAAGUCUGAAGGGAUGGAAUUGGGGAACAGCCAAAUUUGGAGGUUCUGUUCUCAGUUUUGAUGUUGGCAGUCACACUGGCUUUGAAAUACCUUUGAAUUAUGUGUCUCAGUGUACCACAGGAAAAAACGAAGUUACUUUGGAGUUUCAUCAAAAUGAUGAUGCUUCUGUGGGUCUAAUGGAAAUGAGAUUUCAUAUUCCUGCAUCUGAAUUAGCAGGAGAUGUAGAUCCUGUGGAUGCCUUCCACCAACAAGUAAUGAAACAAGCAAGUGUCAUCAAUUUAUCAGGAGAUGCAAUUACAACUUUCAAGGAAAUUCAGUGCUUAACUCCAAGAGGCAGAUACGACAUCAAAAUUUUUCAGUCUUUCUUUCAGUUGCAUGGUAAAACUUUUGACUAUAAAAUUCCCAUGUCGACUGUCAUUAGACUGUUUAUAUUGCCUCACAAAGACCAGAGACAAAUGUUUUUUGUGGUGAGUUUGGACCCUCCAAUUAAGCAAGGCCAGACCCGAUAUCAUUAUUUGGUGUUCCAGUUUGGGCAAGAAAAUGAAGUUACUGUGGAACUUCCACUCUCAGAAGAAGAAAUUCAAGAGAAAUAUGAAGGAAAGUUAAGUAAGACAAUGACUGGACCUACUUACGAAAUUCUUGGCAGGGUUAUGAAAGCCAUUGUGAAUAGGAAAAUCACUACGCCUGGCAAUUUUGUGGGUCACAGUGGGACACCUGCUAUAGGCUGUUCCUAUAAGGCUGCUGCUGGAUACCUGUAUCCUCUGGAACGAGGCUUUAUUUACAUUCACAAACCACCUGUACAUCUACGAUUUGAUGAAAUAACAAGUGUGAAUUUUGCAAGAAGUGGGGGUGGUACCAGGUCUUUUGAUAUUGAAGUGGAAACAAAAACUGGAGUUGUUCAUACAUUCAGCAGUAUUGAGAAAGAUGAAUACGCUAAGCUUUUUGACUUCAUAUCAGCUAAGAAGCUCAGAGUUAAAAAUAAAGGGAAGAAUGAUAAACUCGCAUACACUGAAGACUUUGGAGACUCAGAUCAGGAGGAUGAGCCCGAUGCUUACUUGGCCCGUGUUAAAGCAGAAGCUCAGGAGCGUGAUGAUGAUGAUGGUGGAGAUUCGGAGGAAUCAACUGAUGAAGAUUUCAACCCAGAUCAGCAGGAGAGUGAUGUUGCUGAAGAAUAUGACAGCAAUCCUACGCCUACUGAUUCGGAUGAUUCGGAUGAGUCAGGUGGUGAGAAAAAGAAGAAAGAGAAAAAGGAAAAGAAAGAACCUGUUAAGAAGACGAAAACAGUGUCUGAGAAACCUAGGAAGAAGAGAGAACCCAAAAAGGAGCGAGAUGAAAACAAACCAAAGCGUCCUCCAACUGCUUUCAUGCUUUGGCUAAAUGAACACAGGGAGCAAAUUAAAUCAGAAAAUCCAGGAAUAACUAUCACUGAAAUUGCAAAGAAAGGUGGUGAGAUGUGGAAGGAACUUAAAGAUAAAUCUAUUUGGGAAGCCAAAGUUGCAAAGGCAAAAGAAGAAUAUGUAAAAGCAAUGAAAGAAUAUAAUGAGAGUGGGGGUGCCGCUGCUGCCAAAGCUAGUGCAGAUACUAAGAAAGAUAAGAAGGAGACUAAGAAGAAGACUCCUUCAAAACCAUCACCUGUGAAAUCAGGUGCAUAUAAGAGCAAGGAAUACAUCAGUGAUGAUGAUAGCUCCAGUGAUGAUGAUAAGAAAAAGAAGAAAAAGCCGCCACCACCAAAACCAGCCAUCCAGAAAGAAGCAAAGAGCGGUUCGGAAGGGAGCUCAGGGGAGGAAGAGGAAAAGAAGAAGACUCCAAAGGUAGCAGUGAAGGAGUCUAAGAGUGAGUCAGAAGAUAGUGGCUCUGAUACCAAGAAACCAGCUGCUAAGAAAAUCAAAACUGAGGAUGUGAAGAAAGCUAAGGAAUCUGAUGAUGAUGAUGAAAUUGAUGAGCCUAUAGAAAGCACACCUCCCACCACUGAAGAUGAAAAUUCAGGUUCUGGAUCUGAUUGAAAAUGUACCUGAGGGGGAGGCAGUCUGUACAAAAUUUGCAUUAUUCCAUGUGGCAUUUUGGAAAGUGAUGAACACUUUGUGACCAUAUUUGUUAUACAGAGCAUAUUAGCUCAGUGAAUUUAAUUUAGUUAUUUAUGUGACUGGAACCCUUUUAAAAUACAGUGACAUACAAUACCAUGAAAGGUUCCACUAUGUCGGAGAAAAUAGAAGUUUGGAAGUUCAGCAUUCCAGCAUAAAAAGAUGGAAUCAUGAAGAGAACAUUUGUUUAUGAUUAUUUUAUUUUGCUCCUGAAUUUAAAUUUCAAAUGAAAUUUGACAAUUGUCAAUUUCUUUGCUGUGGAGGUAGAAUAAUGUAUGAUGUAUUCUUCAGUCUUUACCGACUACAAUUGUGCUGAUGGUUAUUUUGAAAUUGUUGCUGUACAUUUUGUAUUAAAAAACUGAUUUACUGCAAAUAUUUAAUGAAAGUUCAUUAGUUUUACUUUUCUUUCAACAUUCAAAAAAAUUAACACAACAGUUUUUUCACUUUAAAAUCUUUUUGUUUAUAGAUUUGAGAGCUCUGUAAAAUAAUUUUUAAUGAACAGUGUAUAAUUAUCAAAAUAAGAACAGUAAGUUUUGAUUGGUUCUAAGGUUAGGAUUCUUGUGACUAAGAAUUUUUUAAAUUCUUUGUAGUUAAAAUGCUUUACAACUAAGUAGCAGAAAGACUCAUAAAUUUAUUAAUUUAUUAAAUUAUUGUAAUUAUAAAAGUAGAGUUCAAGAGAAUAAGUUCACUUUUUUUCACAAAUGGAAAAAAUUAACAUUUGUAGUGACACUAGGAAUCAAAAGUGCUAAGUUUCACGAGUAAACAAAAAAUGCCCAUGUACUAGAAUCUGGGAUUAAUCACCUUCACCCAUUCAGAGAUGGUGCUAGUCAUGGAAGUCAAUUCAGCAGAAAAUCGAUCCCUGAUAGUUGCAUAAAUCUUGACUUCUCAUGUUUUCACCCCCCCACCCCCCACCCCCUCACUACGUGUUUAAUCAUAUUGUGGAUUGGCACACAAUAUGCUGUUCUACUACAGUUCCUGGUUCUUGAAGAUUCAAUUACCUACCUUUUCCUGUUCAAAAACAUAGGAAAUCUUUGGAAAGUACUGAACAAAGUAAACAUAGUGGGCCUAGGUUUCAAAAGCUCUGGUAUCACUCAGAGAAAGCUAUAUUUCCUCAAAACAAUAACAGAUUCCUCACGAAUGAAAGUACAGACUAGAAUCUCUGCCCAUGGUCCUCCACAUUUGGGUUCAAGAUGACAAGAAUUUUUAAUUGCAGUCAGCAAAUUGUUAAUAUUUCAGAAUUCCCAGUUCUCAUUUGCUUGCCCUGAGCACUCUGGAGACUAAAUUGUGCCUUGUGUUCCUACUACUUGUCUUUUCUCUUAAAAUUACAAUUAUUACUUUUCUCAUGUUUCGUCAUUGAAAAGAUGAGAGUUCUUUGUUCACUCUUCUUCCUGUUCUGAUUGUUGAAACUUGUGAGCAAUGAUCAAAAUCUUAAUGGUUUGAAGAUUGGUAAGAAAUGUGUGUGGUGUUUACGACAUUGGCAUCAUUAUAGAAAUAGAUAUAAGGCAUUGUUUUGUUGUGUUUAUUUCUCAAUAAGGUUUUUUCUAUCCAAUUGCCACCACCUUCAGUACAAUUCUGAGCAGCUGGGGGCUCGGUACAGACAAAACAGUCAGGGUUUGAAGAUUCUGUUUAUAAAUAAAGAUCCUCAGUCAGACCUUUGGAUCAUCAAAAAGGAUUGCGUCUCAUGAAAGAAAAUAAAAAUUAUUAAUGUUAUGGCAGUCAUGUCAAUGUUAUAAUGGUGUGUUAAUGUCAAAAAAUGUACUCCAUUCAAUUGAAAGUAUGUAAUAAUACUAAGCAUUCAUUAGAACUACAAUAUAUUAUUAAUUAAUAAAUAGUCUUGAAGUCCUAAUUCUUCAAUUAGAAAGCUUAAUACGUUGGAUUAAGUUUUAAUUUUUUUAAAGAAAAUUAUCAAGCAACAUUCUUGCAUUAUUUUUCCCGAAGCUGGCUUGGUGGUUAUUACAGGCUCGCUUCCAAUCAUAUAUCCUGGUAAUCGGUUAUUGGUAAUGGACAGGGGUCAGCCUUGAUUUUCAUGUUAGAUGAUUUACGAUUAAGUUAAUUGUCCAUUCCAGUUCAUGUGCCUGCUUGCUCAGUAAAACUGGUUUACCAUUGUAAAAAACAUUACUUGAUCCUAGUGAUAGUUCUUAUUCUAUUAGAUUGACCAAUGAGGAGGUGCUAGUGUUUAUUCAAUGACUGACGAUGCUACUUGAUGGGUAGUUCUCUAAUACAAGUAUGUGAUGGGUUGCUUGCAAAUACAAACAAUACGUAUCUGAACAUGUUUACAUACUAAUAAAAAAUCUAAAAAUAAAUGGGUUUUAUUCAGAUGAUAUUUUCAUCCAAAUAAUUAAAUUUAUUUCACAAAUUUGAUAAAUAUUUUAAGAGGGUCUUAAUGAAUUUAUUUGUAUUUCUUCAUACAAGUCAAAAUCUUUUAAAUUGUGAAAAUUUAUUCAUAUUUUGUCUUUUGCUCUACGUUAAUGAUGGGAAGCACAUAAAGAAUGUUCAAAAUUAUUUUUAACAAUUUAGGAUUUAGUAAUAUGGCUUAUUCACAUAAGUUAUAACCUCCCCUUGGACUUAGUAUGAUUGGAAGUUGCUGAAUAUUUUGCAAGACUUGCUGUUAUAUAUUUGCGUCUAGAUAUGGCAUUACAAUGUGCAAAAAUAUCCAAUUGAUUUUUUGUCUCAAAAGACCAUAUUUUAGAUUUUGUUAUUUGGUCUGAUUUAACCUUUUUGUCAGGAUUGCUUAGUGACAAUAUAGUCCAUAUCUUAUGACUAAUAAAUUAUUUGUUUAUUGAUUUUGUUCAAAGAAUGUGGGGUGGAAUUGCCUUCCACUCCUUGAACAUUUAGUGGGUCUGCCCUUUGUGAAUUAAUUAACAUAGAACAAUUGUUUGUUGUACAUGGGCUUAUAGGUAAGAUAUUCACUUGUGAUAUUCAGUAGGUUAUUUUAGUCUGAUUGGAUGUCCAUCUGCGAACAGUUUUAGCUUCUAAUCAGCAUUGAAUUUUUUAUUACUCAUUAACUGAAGGUUGAGUCUCUGAAUAGGAGAGAUAUUGAACAUUGUUAGUAUUACACCAAUACACAAUUUUUAAUGAUUGUUUAAACUAGGCAUCUUAUUUCUGUUUAUAAUAUAUAUAUGUC